AUGGCCGAGGAUGGUAAUGUUACUCCCAUGGAGAGAAAAUGGAAACAUCCAAUCUUUGUUUUCUUCAAAGAUGCUAGGCUUGUUUUAAAAAUGGAUUCGAUUGGACGUGCAAUACUUUCUAUUGCUGUACCAGCAGCCAUGGCAUUUGCUGCAGAUCCUAUUGCUUCUUUAAUCGACACUGCAUUCAUUGGUCAUAUAGGGGCUGUGGAACUUGCCGCUGUUGGAGUAUCUAUCUCAAUUUUCAAUCAAGUUUCAAAAAUAGCCAUAUUCCCACUUGUUAGUAUAACAACUUCCUUUGUUGCCGAGGAGGAGACUAUAGAAAGACUGAAUAGUAUAGCACUCAAAGGCACGAACAUAGAAAAGAGUUCCAUUAACGGAGAAGAGGCAAAGAAACUGAUGAAAGAUGACGUCAAACUUGAAAACUUAGUAAAUGGUUUAAUAAAAAACGACGAAAAAGAGAUGGCCCCAGAAGAUGGUUCUAAAACAGGUCCAUCCAAGCAUAUGACCACUAAAAGCAUCCCAAAUAAGGCAGUGUUCAAAAAGCAAAAACGAAAAAUCCCAUCAGCAUCAACUGCAUUGCUUUUUGGUGCAGUGCUUGGUGUUAUUGUAACAAUUCUACUUGUGUUUCUAGCAAACCCACUGUUGAAUUUAAUGGGCGUGAAACAUGGAUCUAACAUGUUAUUACCUGCGCAUAAAUAUUUGACAUUGCGCGCACUUGGAGCUCCAGCCGUUCUUCUCUCUUUGGCAAUGCAAGGUGUCUUUCGUGGUUUCAAAGAUACUAAAACUCCUUUAUAUGCCACGGUUGUAGGCGAUGUAGUAAACAUAAUUUUGGAUCCAAUUCUUAUUUUUGUUUGCCAUUUGGGAGUUAGCGGAGCAGCCAUUGCACAUGUUCUUUCCCAGUACUUAAUAUCAAUAAUUCUUCUGGUCCGAUUAAUGACUGAAGUUGAUCUAUUACCUCCAAGUAUGAAACAAUUGCCGUUGAGUAGGUUUCUUAAAAAUGGUUUUCUGUUGUUGUUCAAAGUAUUAGCGGCAACAAGUUGUGUUACAUUGGCUGCAUCAUUGGCUACGAGGUUGGGUGAGACAACUAUGGCUGCUUUCCAAAUUUGCUUACAGGUUUGGUUGACGUCUUCACUUCUUGCCGAUGGGUUGGCAGUUGCUGGACAGGCAUUAAUUGCUACGGCAUUUGCUGAAAAGGACUAUGAAAAGGCAACAUCAAUAGCAGCUCGAGUAUUACAGAUGGCAUUUGUAAUGGGUCUGCUACUCGCUUUACUUGUUGGACUAGGAUUGCAGUUUGGUUCUAAGAUGUUCACAAAUGACAUACAUGUUAAACACAUCAUUACCAUUGGUAUCCCGUUUGUUGCUGGCACACAACCAAUAAAUUCAUUAGCGUUUGUAUUCGAUGGAGUCAACUUUGGUGCAUCUGACUUCGCUUAUUCUGCAUACUCCAUGAUCUUAGUAGCGUUAGGGAGCAUCGGGUCAUUAUUUGGACUAUACAAAGUUGACGGUUUUGUUGGAAUUUGGAUUGCUCUAUCCAUUUUUAUGGGAUUACGUGCAUUCGCGGGCAUUUGGAGGAUGGGAACAGGAACCGGUCCAUGGUCCUUUCUUAAGAAGUAGAAGAAGGUGGUUUUUUACAUGAGAUCAAAAAAAUCAGAUAUUAUCUUCAAGGAUACGGAAAAUCCUUGUG